AUCCGACCUUCACCUUAAGAUGGAUAAGAAUGAGUACUACAUUGGGCUGAGCGCCGAGACAGGCGACGUCACGGACAAUCACGACAUCAUCUUUCUUCACACAAUGCCACUUGAGGGUGUAACAUAUGACCACGACGUGUACGCCAGAACGACACCCAUAGUGGAGUCCGAAAGGGACAUGCUAACACCACGUACAGAAAAUCUUCGUGAACGACUACAAGGACAUCUUGAGCAGCAGCAGCAACAGCAACAAGAACAGGAUAUUCAGGCUCAGCAACAACAGCCUCAGCAACAGCAACAACCUCAGCCUCAGCAACAGCAACAACCUCAGCAACAACAGCAGCAGCAGACUCAGCAACAGCAACAACAGCAGCCUCAACAACAGCAACAACAGCAGCCUCGGCAACAGCAGCAGCCUCGGCAACAGCAACAGCCUCAGCAACAGCAACAGCAACAGCCUCAACAACAGCAACAGCCUCAGCAACAGCAGCAGCCUCAACAACAGCAGCAGCCUCAACAACAGCAGCAGCCUCAACAACAGCAGCAGCCUCAACAACAGCAGCAGACUCAACAACAGCAGCAGACUCAACAACAGCAGACUCAGCAAAACGAGGCACAAAAGCAGCCCUCUGCCAAGGACGAGGAACGUUUGAGAGAGUUGCAGCGCGAACUGGACGAACUGAGGCGUCGCCAACGUCCGGCCCGCCGGGAGCGUCACCGCGAGGAAGACGAGGGGUACGAGGAGGAGGAGCUGGAGGAGGGAGACGACGACCAUAAUGAGAGAGACUAUGCCGACGAGGGUGAGGUCGACGACACGCGGCGCCGAACACUGCGUCGGCGAUUCAAAGCAUUGCGAUCUUCCCGUAAACGUCGGCCGAAGAAUUAG